AUGUCUUCAACUGUUAUUGCAAAAACCGUAGCUAUUCCUACAGAUAGCUCAGAUACAAUUCAAGGAAGGAGCUCUAGAAAAAGGAUUGAUGCUUAUAGAAGCUCUCACAAAUGGAUGAUCUGUAAUGUCCAUGCCUUCUUUGAGCAAGAGAAGCGUGAUGGGCCAAUCAUGCUGGAAAGUGUAACAAAAACAACAGCAAUGGUGAUGCAGGUAUCUGAACGCACUGUAUUCAGAGUUCAUUGCCAAGUAAACGUUGAAGGAGAUGUGCAUAGUCCCGCAAAGAAAGGCAAGAAGUCUGGUUCAGGUCCUGCCCAACAGGAGACUGACAACUUUCAAGAAGGAGUCAUUCGUCGUAGAAUUCACCGGUUCUACACAGACAGAGAACUCCCAACGAUUUUAGCUCUACAACAAGACAUAGAUUACUCAUACAGCAAACAAACACUUCUCAAAACAGUCAAGAAAAUGGGCUUCAAAUAUACAACAUGCAACAAGAAAACAGUGUUGUACGAACAACACAGAAUUAUUGCUGCUUGUCAUCACUAUCUCAGACAAGUAAAGAAGUACAGAGAUAAGGGAAGACCAAUAGUGUAUCUAGACGAGACAUGGCUCAACGUGCACCAUACCUUGGAACGACGCUGGACUGACUACGACGGCAAAGGAGGUUUGAGAGUCCCAUCAGGAAAGGGUGGAAGACUCAUUAUUCUCCAUGCAGGGUGGAAAGAGGGUUGGAUUUCUAAUGCUGACCUCGUUUUCAGAGGAAAGAAAGGCACCGGUGACUACCAUCAGGAAAUGAACACGGCCCACUUAAUGGAGUGGUUCAGAGAGAGGUUGAUUCCAAACCUUCCAGCAACUUCUGUAUUGUUCUUGACAAUGCCAAGUAUCAUAAUAGCAUUGUUGAGAAAAUCCCGACAAAAAGCAGCACAAAAAGGACAUGAUCCAGUAUCUGGACUCGCAUGAAAUCCCAUACGACAAGAAACUGUUAAAAGCAGAGGUGUUCAUGCUAAUAAAAGCAAGAAACCCGGCUUCGCAAUACCUGACUGACGUCUUCGCUAAUCAGAACAGUCGUGACGUUCUGAGAUUGCCUGUCUGUCACUUCGAGCUGGUCUGGGCACAAGUCAAGGGCUAUGUGGCAUCUCAUAACAAGGAUUUCACCAUGGCGGGAAUUGAACAGCUUGCGAGAGAAGGCAUUACACAGGUUACAGCUGGGAAAUGGGCCAACUGUGUCAAGCACGUCAUUCAAAAAGUAGAAAAGCACUAUCGAGAGCCCGACGGGAUAGUUGAAGAAGCGGUCGACCGUGUUUUCAUUGAAGUAAGGCAUGACGAAGACACUUCGGAAAGCGAAGAAGCCUUUG